ACCGUGUGACUGGUAAACCGACUGCCACCCGCUAUCGCCGCCACCUCCGCCACCGCCGUCACCGCCGCCGCCGCCGCCGUCUUCUCCUCCGUCGCUGCCGCCACCGCCACCGUCGCAGCCACCACGAAGAUCGUAGUACCGUUGCGUACCUCGAGUAGCCGAGUACCUCGAGCGUCCAGUAUCCCCGAACCCGCGAAUGCGGAGUACGAGUACCUGGACGUACCUCGCCGGCCGCCUCUCGUCACGAUGCUACUACUCGCGGUGAUCGGGCUCCUCGUCCUCGCCGGCACGACCACCGCCGAGGUUUUUACCAACGCGUUCCUGGUGAAAAUGCGGCAGCCAGCGGAGCGGCACAUAGCCGAUCGCGUGGCGACUAGGAACGGCUUCGUCAAUCUUGGACCGAUAUUGGGCAGCCAGACGGAGUAUCAUUUCGUACAUACAGCCUUGCCGCACCGAAGCAAACGGUCUGUGUUACAGACGCGAAAAUUAAAGGUCGACCCUCUGGUGGCCACGGCGAUACAGCAGGCCGGUUUCAGGAGAGUGAAGAGGGGCUACAAGCCCCUGAGCGUGGACAAUCUCGUGCCGUUGCAUGAAAUUAAAAAUCCCGCUAACAAGGACCCGACAGAUCCCUUCUUCAAGUACCAAUGGUAUCUGAAGAACGUUGGACAGAACGGCGGCAAACCGAAGCUGGAUCUGAACGUCGAGGCUGCCUGGGCACAGGGCGUCACAGGGAAGAACGUGACGACAGCUAUUAUGGACGACGGUGUUGAUUACAUGCACCCGGAUCUUAAAUAUAAUUACAACGCGAAAGCCUCUUACGACUUCAGCAGCAACGAUCCUUUUCCGUAUCCGAGGUACACCGACGACUGGUUUAACAGCCACGGCACGAGGUGCGCCGGGGAGGUCGCAGCUGCGCGCGACAACGAGGUGUGCGGCGUCGGGGUGGCGUACGACUCGAUGAUCGCCGGGAUCCGGAUGCUGGACCAGCCCUACAUGACCGAUCUGAUCGAGGCGAACAGCAUGGGUCACGAACCCCAUCUCAUAGACAUUUACAGCGCCUCCUGGGGACCCACGGACGACGGGAAGACGGUAGACGGGCCGCGUAAUGCCACCAUGAGGGCCAUCGUGCGCGGCGUUAAUGAGGGCAGAAACGGGUUGGGUAAUAUCUACGUUUGGGCGUCUGGGGACGGUGGAGAAGAAGACGACUGUAAUUGUGAUGGAUACGCCGCGAGUAUGUGGACCAUCAGCAUCAACAGUGCCAUCAACGAUGGACAGAACGCGCAUUACGACGAGAGCUGCUCUAGCACGUUGGCUUCCACCUUUAGCAACGGAGCCAAGGAUCCUAAUACGGGGGUGGCUACUACAGAUUUGUAUGGAAAAUGCACGACGACUCACAGCGGAACGUCCGCCGCUGCACCGGAAGCCGCGGGAGUGUUUGCGCUUGCUCUUGAAGCCAACCCGAAACUGACCUGGAGAGACAUUCAACACUUGACCGUCCUAACUUCGAAAAGAAAUUCUCUGUUUGACGCGAAGGAUAGAUUUCAUUGGACCAUGAACGGCGUUGGGCUCGAAUUCAAUCAUCUAUUCGGGUACGGCGUCUUGGACGCGGGCGCUAUGGUAGCCCUAGCUAAAAAGUGGAAGACGGUACCGCCGAGAUAUCACUGCGAGGCUGGUUCCACGUUCGAAAAGCAGAAAGUCACGAGCGAUCGAUCCAUUCUCGUGAAGAUUAAAACCGACGCGUGCGCCGGCACGGAGUACGCCGUCAAUUAUUUGGAGCACGUGCAAGCCGUCAUUUCCGUGAAUGCAACCCGGCGCGGUGACCUCGAGCUGUUCCUCACGUCCCCGAUGGGUACCAGAUCUAUGAUCUUGAGUCGCAGAGUAAACGAUGACGAUCACAGGGACGGGUUCACCAAGUGGCCAUUUAUGACGACGCACACGUGGGGAGAAUACCCUCAGGGAACUUGGUUGCUAGAGGUGAGCUUCAACUCUCAAAAGCCUCAGCACGGAUGGCUGAAGGAAUGGACGCUGAUGCUCCACGGUACCAGGGAACCACCAUACACGGGACUGUCGACGGCGGACCCUCACUCCAAGCUGGCGAUUGUCAAGAAGGCCCACGAGGAGCGGAGAUUCAGCGCGAUCUAACGAUAUCGAUGACCACGGUCCACGCGAUUAUCGCCGAUUUCAGCGAAGCAAAUAGGAAUAUUCCGAUCGGAAGAUGUUUACGCGAUCGCUCCCUUUCCGCUUUCUUGAUUUUCGCGCCGCGCAGCAUGGGGAAUGUGUCUCGAAUUUUUUCAGAUUCGGUUGCGCGCCGAUCGCAUCGCCCGUGCCAAUAUCUCUAUAUCGCCAUUCGUUACUCCAGCGCGCGUUGACUUGUAUUCGCAUUCGCAGAAUCAUCGCAGAGAAGCCAAGCCUCGGUACUUUUCAUUGUACGUCACGUUUGCCGAAUCACUCUCUAUAAUUAUGAUGUCAAAUAUAUAUAAUUACACGUGUCACAUUAUUUGUGACAAAGUUUGUAUCGCGCGUUAAGAAUCUACGUAUCUUUUAUACAAUUUUCAGCAUGCACCUCAGAUUUUUUUUUCUAAACGCCCGGUUACCAAAGAGAAAUUAAAUAUCAUUAGCAUCUAGCUUAAAUAAAAGGAUAGUACCUUUCUGGGGAAAUUUUGGUUAAAUGAAGUGUAUAUCUUUUAUAAAAUUAACUAUUUAUUGUACUAUAUUAAUUUCUGACGCGUCUUUGAACGAGUCUUCGUUAUAAUGAAGGUAGAGCAUCGAACGGAAGAAAUUGCGAUAAAAAUUAAUUCGCGCGUGGGCGGUGAUAAGAAAAAAAUAUGAUGUAUAAUGUUAUAAUCGCCGCUAUAAUCAAUCCGAUGCUUAUCACCUAUUAUUUUUAAUAAGUGUUGUUAUUAUUAUUGUUAUUAGUGCUACGCUUACGAGCGACAUGCGACGCAAUUGUCGUCAAGUUAUCAUUUUGUUGAAAAUUGUGUGUCCGCGUUUGACAGUUUUCCGAAGAGUUCUCAAGUUGACGAUCGAAACUUGACGAUUAGGGGAACAAGAAGGUGAAUAAGAAAGGAAAUUUACUAUGUAUUACUCCAAUAGAGGAAUAAAAAUUACUCUUCUGAGCGGUAAACUCGUGGCAUUUUAGCGUUUAACGGGCGUUAUCGAAUCGAUAGCGUUUGUGAAAGAGUAUCCCGGGAACAAGAGUUUCGCGCAAUCACCGUCGUCCUCGCGGCUCGAUCACUCGGGUCCACCGAUAAACUCUCAAUUUCUUUUUAAUUUAAUAAAUUCGAUGGUGCAGGCAAAUCGGAUUUGCCAAAGGAAGUGAUUAUUUACGAAAUUAUUUUUUAAAACCUAACGAAUCAACAUCUUUCUUCCACUCUCUGUCGAAUUAUUUCAUCAUUUAAUUUGGGUAAAUUUAAUUUAGAAAAAGUCUUAUCCGUAUCUCUCUUCUCUCUUUUUUUUCUAAUUGUCUAUUUAUUAAAUUAAUUAAUACGUUGCGCAGAAAUAUAUUGUAUUUAUUUGACGACGCAAAAUAUAUUGUAUUUCUUCAGCGCGCGGUGUGUGCAAUAAUGAACGUAAUUGAAAAUCUAUUCUUAUUUGUACAAUUUAACGGGAACGACAGGGAGGGAUACGCGAGGACGUCCGUGAGGGACACGAAAACGCGAAAUACGGAUGCUAAAAAAUCCGCAUGUGUAGAUGAUGUACCUUAGAAACGUAGAGACCAGAGAGUUUGAACAUUACAUUAAAUUAUAUGAAUAUAAAUGCAUAUAUAAAUAAGAUAUGUGUACAUGUGUAUAGGUAUUAUGUACGUGUAGGUUGUCCCUGGGAAAAACGGCUUUUCCGAAAUAAUUUCAAGACGCACAUCUCGAUGUGGAAAUGCCGAGGCUUUUGAAAUGAGGAAGCGAUCGCAGCUAGCCGGACGUGGUGGCUAAAGUACGAGUUGGCCCUCAUCGCUUCAUCGUAGAAGCGACGUAGCUUCGUGCAUCGAGAUCUCCCCCGUUUUCGAAUUAUCCCAAGAGUCCGCUGUUACGCAGUGACACGCAAUCGCGAUGGGGCACCCUGCGUAUACAUAUAUACAUAUCUCUCACAUAUAUCUUAUAUACAGAGUGAGACGUCUAAUUUUGCGACCUAGACGAUCUCUAUUGUUCAAGGCGCUUUUCGAUAACAGCAGAGACAAACUGACAAUGAGACACGAAUUAGAGAGUAUUGCUCCGCCCUGUAUAUUUUAUAUAUGUACGUCUUAUUACAUAUAUCUUGCAGUUGAAAUGGAUUUAACCAACUUUAUUGUGUAUACGUUAUAGGUGGAUGAAUAAAAUCUGUAUUUUUUGGCUGG